AUGCCUUCCGAUGAAUUGAAGGUUCUUCACGUCGCACAAUACGACGAUUUUUACUGUACAGCGUCGUAUGUGUACAAAGGAAGAGAGUUCUGCAUCCUUUUGUGUGACGACCCCCCACGCCCCGGAUACGACGAGCAGAACGAUAUCGUGACGGACUACCUCGAAAAAAUAGACGAUGUGUCUGCCCAUGACGGAACCAACGAGGAAGAUAACAUUCGACAGGAUGAGUAUCUGCGGCAAGCCGCCGAGGAAAUUGGCGAGAUCGUGCUGCCGCUGUUGAGGGAGCUUGCUCCCUCGCUCCCAGUGGUAGAAGUCCCUCCGACAGAGGCCGACCAUUCGCUAUACGGCACAUUGGAGGAACUCCUAUACCCAAGCAUCCCCGAAUGCGUCAAGCUACAGCUGGUAGCUCUCAACGGCCGCCUCACAUUAGCCGACGACCACUAUGGUGCCGACAUACCCACGAAGGGCAAACCCAUGACUCGUGAGGAGAUGGAAGACAUUGGUCCGGAGCUUGAGGAUUCCAAACACACUGUCGCUGAGCUACACAAGAACGACAUCAUUUGGGGGGAUGCGAAGCCGGAAAAUGUUCUCAUCGAUGAAGACGAUAAUGCCUGGGUUAUUGAUUUUGGAGGAGGCUUCACCUCGCCCUGGGUCGAGUACGAGAACCGCCAAUCGCGCGAAGGCGACCUCCUUGCAUUGGCGAGAAUCAGGGAGAAGCUCCUUUCCAGUCCGUAG